UGCGAGCGGCGGUCGAUUGGUGAGGCCUGGGCAAGAUGGCGUCCUCGGAGCAGGCCGAGCAGCCCGGCCAGCCCGGCCCGAUUCCAGGGAAUGAAAACGUGGUGCCCCGAGAGCCUCUGAUUGCCACAGCUGUGAAGUUUCUGCAGAACUCCCGGGUACGUCAGAGCCCCAUCGCAACCAGAAGAGCCUUCCUUAAGAAAAAAGGACUGACAGAUGAAGAGAUUGACCUGGCGUUCCAGCAGUCGGGCACUGCCACCGAUGAGUCCCCGGCCCCGUCCUCUCAGAUGGGGCCCGGGCCGGGCCCUCUCCUCCUGCCUCAGUCGUACAGUCCUGCGGGCUCCAGAUGGCGAGAUUAUGGGGCUCUGGCCGUCAUCAUGGCGGGGAUUGCCUUUGGCUUCCACCAACUGUACAAGAAGUACCUGCUCCCGCUCAUCAUGGGCGGCAAAGAGGAUAGGAAACAACUUCAGAGGAUCGAGUCGAAUAUUUCCCAGAUGAGUGGCAGCGUGACACAGACAGUGACUCAAUUACAGACGACUUUAGCCUCCGUCCAGGAACUGCUGAUUCAGCAGCAGCAGAAAAUCCAGGAGCUCACCCAGGAGCUGACGACCUGUAAGGCCACCACUUCCACCAACUGGAUCCUGGAAUCCCAGAACAUCAAUGAGCUGAAGUCUGAGAUCUAUUCCUUGAAAGGACUUUUCCUAAACCGGAGGCAGUUCCCCCCUUCGCCGUCCGCCCCCAAGAUCCCCUCGUGGCAGAUCCCCGUGAAGGCGCCCUCCCCCUCCAACCCCACCACGGCCAACCACAACAGCAGCAGCGACAUCUCCCCCGUCAGCAACGAGUCGGCCUCCUCCUCACCGGUGAAGGAGAACCACAGCCCCGAGGGGUCAAAGGUCAGCUGCCACCUCCUGGGCCCGGAGGAGGAGGCGGAGGUGGUGAUCGACGUGAAGGGCCAGGUCCGGAUGGAGGUGCAGGGGGAGGAGGAGAAGAGGGAGGACAAGGAGGACGAAGAGGAUGAGGACGAUGACGUGAGCCACGUGGACGAGGAAGACUGCCUGGACGUCCAGACUGAAGACCGGCGAGGGGGCGACGGACAGAUCAACGAGCAAGUGGAGAAACUCCGGAGACCCGAGGGGGCCAGCAAUGAGAACGAGAUAGACUAGGGACGACCACCUCUCCUGGCCCCCGGCCCCCGCAGCCCUCCCUGCCCGUCCGCUCCCCCGCGCUGGGUCUCCCUGGCCGCGGCGCGGGGAAACCCCUUCUCAAUCCAGCGCCUUCUCCGA